CGCAGAAUAACACACAUGCGUCAAACAGUCCCUUAUUCUAAAAUGGCGCCUGAGAAUACAAAUGUAUUUUCUCGUUUAUUCUCAAAGGUGAAACAGUGGGUUGGCUGGUCUUGGACGUACCUGUGGGGUUUCUGGUUUCUUCUAGUGAUAUUCCUGCUAUAUAUUCUCCGCGCCCCUUUGCGACUAAAAGAAAACAUGAAUUUGGUUAUCCUGUUUCUGAACACUCUAACCCCCAAGUUCUAUGUUGCUUUGACUGGGACGUCAUCCUUCAUAUCUGGUAUAAUCCUGAUCUUUGAGUGGUGGUAUUUCAGGAAGUACGGCACCUCAUUCAUCGAGCACAUAUCAUUAGCUCAUCUUGGACCACUUAUUGGGGGUGGAGACAACACGGCGCCAAAUUCAUCACAGAAUGUUGCAGAAUGCAAAGUCUGGAGAAACCCCAUGAAUCUGUUUCGCGGUGCUGAAUAUAGCAGAUACCUGUGGGUGACUGGACGAGAACCUCUCACAUACUAUGACAUGAACCUGUCAGCUCAGGACCACCAGACAUUUUUCACCUGUGAUGCCGAUGAGACUAGCUCAAAUUCAGCAGAUACAAUUAUGUUGACUGCCUGGCGUGAACGGGACCAGGAAAAGCGUAUUAAUGCAGCUUGCAGAGCCUACGAGUGUGACCCAACUUCUCCAACAGCUUUGAUACUUCUUGCAGAAGAGAAAGCACAAACUAUUACAGAGGCGGAGUGGUACCUUAAACAAGCCCUCAAGACAAGUGAUGACUUGAUACGCAAUGGGGCUUCUACUAAUGGUGAUGGCAAAGAAGAUACAAUACACAGAAAGAACACUAAUGUGUGUGUCUACAUCCGGCGACGUCUGGCUAUGUGUGCCAGAAAGCUUGGUCGUACCAAAGAAGCAAUCAAGAUGAUGAGAGAUCUCAUGAAAGAGUUUCCGCUAAUGAGCGUGCUUAACAUACAUGAGAAUCUGAUAGAGGCUCUGCUUGAGGUCCAGGCUUAUUCGGAAGUACAGCAAGUCCUCGCUAAAUAUGAUGACAUAACACUGCCGAAGUCUGCAACUAUUUGUUACACGGCAGCUCUACUGAAAGCAAGAGCAGUCUGUGAUAAAUUUUCCCCAGAGGUAGCAGCAAAGCGAGGGCUAAGCCCCGCGGAGAUGGCUGCCGUAGAAGCUAUACAUAGAGCAGUGGAAUUCAAUCCUCAUGUACCGAAGUAUCUUCUUGAGCAGAAGAGCUUGAUUCUUCCUCCGGAACACAUCCUUAAGCGGGGUGACAGUGAGGCAGUUGCUUACGCAUUCUAUCACCUUCCGCACUGGAAGCAGGUGGAGGGAGCUAUCAAUCUACUGCACUGCACUUGGGAAGGCACGUUCCGACUUGUGCCAUACCCGUUGGAAAAAGGCCACCUCUUCCAUCCUUACCCAGGAUGCACCGAGAACGCUGACAGGGAACUCCUUCCAGUCCACCAUCAGUUGUCCGUGUACCCAAAGAAAGAACUUCCAUUUUUCAUCCUGUUCACUGCCGGCCUGUGCUCUUUCACCGCUCUUCUUGCUCUCCUCACCCAUCAGUUUCCGGAGCCUAUGGCACACCUUGCCAAGACGAGCCUUGGUUGGAUCUCUGCACCCUUCAGCUUGCUUAUACAGAAAGUGGAGGACUUCUUUCCUGCCCACAUCCUGCACCAACUCACCCGGAUCUAGAUCACCUUUCAAGCUACGGAUUAAGGACGAACUAACUGUAUCAUGGAUAGCGAGACUAGUGCAACGGUACAACUUGGUAACUUGCAGUGCAUGUAGGAACUUUCAUCUAUAGAGUGCUACCCAUAUCUUUACAAUAUAAUAUCAUCAGGGAUAUCGCCACGAUAGUUUAUGUUUAGAUAAUGUCAACCGGUAUCACCUGUUUUCCCCUUAGUGUAUUUCAGAACCUUUUUUCCUUCCAUCUCUACUACUAGUUGUAGACUAGUUGUAGACCCCACACUGCAGCCACGUCACCAGUUUUACAUUGUACAAGUAGACCCCACACUGCAGCCACAUGUCACCUUUUUCACAUUGUAAAAGUAAACCAAAAACUGCAGCCACACGUCACCUAUUUCACAUUGUACAAGUUAACCCCACACUGCAGCCACACGUUACCAGUCUGCUUCUGUUAAGGAUUACAAAACGAGAAACGAGAAUUGCCGCCCGUUAAGAAUGGUUAACCAGUCAGAUAAAGAAGACCUGUUGGAGUUGUUUCUUAUGUGCAAACACGUUCCAGCAGGCGCACAUGCUGUAUUACGUAGGAGGCGGACCACGUAGUACAUUGUGUUACAAGAAUAUGUUUUAACAGAGUUAAACAGUUAUGAUAAUAGACAAAAGAUAUAUUUAUGUACCCCUAAAAGACCCUAAUAAAAAUACAAGUACAAGUUA